AUGUUCAGGAAUAUCAUCAAAUCCACCGCCACCAUUAGAAGAAGUAUAAUAAACAAACCAGCUUCCUUCUCUACUUCCACAAUUUUAAAAAACGAAGUACCUAAAUCAAGUUGUCCAGCAGGAACUGUAUUAAAUUUAAAAGUAAGACAAAGAGGUGAUGAACCAGUUGCAUUAGAAGAUUCAGAAUAUCCUGAAUGGUUAUGGAAGAUGCUUGAUCCAGAAUUGGUGAGAGAAGAGAUUAAGAAUGAAGAUUUUAUGAGAUGGAGAAAGAUUCAAUUAAGAAAAGCAAAUGCUAAACGUAUUAAACAAAAUAAUUUUAUGGAAACUAUGAAGAAGUGA